AUGAAAUCCCUUCAUCAGACGCCACAGCCUGCCUCGCCUAACAUGUUCCCGCAAAUGUUUGGCCCCGAGAGCCACCCUCGCUUCUGUACUGUCACAGAUGCAUUCAAGCACCACGUACUCGCCAGCCCGAAUUCCCUCGCCGCAGUGAGCCUCACCUCGGCACACAAGACCGAAGUGAUCACGUACCAGGCCCUCUCGAGCCGCGCGGCGCGCCUGGCCGUUGAGAUGCGACGUCUGGGUGUGCGCCCUGGCGACCGCGUGCCUCUGGUGGUCAAGCGUGGAAUAGGCAUGCUGGUGGGGAUUCUAGCGGUGCUCUCAUGCGGCGCCCAAUACGCGCCCCUCGACGGCGGCGUCGUGCCAGAGUCUACGCUGCGCUCUGUAGUGGAGCAGAACAGCAGUGAACGUGGUAGCGUUGUGCUGGCCAUGGGCGUAACGAAACAUCGCCUCAGCGAGUUCCCCGACCUCACCGUCAUUUGCGUCGACGAGCUCCGCCGAGUAGAAGGCGACGACGAUCGCGAAGAUGGUCUUGUGCUGGAGGACCUUGCAGAGCCUGACAGCGGGUGCUACAUCAUUUACACUUCAGGCACCACGGGCACACCAAAGGGGGUUGAUGUUACGCACAGGAGUGUCACCAACUUGAUUUGUCAAUCGCCAGGCGAUUUAGGAAUCAAGACAGGAACGAAGGUUGGUCAGACCCUCAAUAUUAGUUUUGAUAUGGCUGCGUGGGAAAUCCUAGGAGCACUAUGCAACGGUGGAACACUAAUUCUCAGAGGCUCGGAUUGGGCUGCGUGCAACAGAGAGGUGAGGAGGAACAAGGCUCAAACAAAGCAGAUCGAGGUCCUCAUAUGCACUCCGACCAUUCUCGCCAAAUACGAGCCACAUGACUAUCCGAAGAUCAAGACCGUCGCCACAGCCGGAGAACCAACCUCCCAGCGACUAGCCGACAAAUGGGCUGCGCACAAGACGUACUACAACUGCUGCGGUCCCACUGAGGCCACGAUUGUCAACACUAUGCACAAGCACGUCAGUGGUGGGGCUUUGACUAUUGGAAAGCCAACCCCUGGGAACAAUAUCUACAUCUUCAACAAAGAUCACGAACUUCUUCUCAAUGGCGAGCCUGGAGUCAUGUGGGCCGGUGGUGUCGGCGUGUCUAAGGGCUAUGUCGGACUUCCCGAGAAGACAGCUGCACAAUACCUCCCAGACCCAUUCCUGGACAUGACAUACAAGAUAUACAACACAGGCGACCUCGGCAGGUGGCUCCCCGACGGUUCUAUUGAGAUUCUUGGUCGAGUCGAUGACCAGGUAAAGGUUAAGGUGGGAAGCCUAAUUAGGGCUUCUGAGUUGAACUUGACGGAGUCUCUGCUUCGGUGA